CCAGACAACAAUAAGGCUUUGAAUCAAAAAGUAAAUGUUUGAGUUUGUGUAGGGUUGGAUGUGUAGGAGUGUAAAACAGUUUCCUGACUCAGGCCAAGACACCAAGAGAUUCAAUCUGAAAUCUAUCUUUUUUAGUGAUGAAAUUAAACUAGUGAUAACUACAAGCCCUGCUUAGGUUGCUGCCCCCGCGAACCGACCCCGGGACUACAAGCAGUUGGUAUUGUGUCUCUUUCUUAUAAACGUUUCAUUUACCAUUCAUUGGAUUUAGCAUUUUGUUUGGUAUCAAAAAUGAGAACAUUUUAAUAAAUGCUCUGAUUUAAUCUGUGUUGGAAUGUUCUUUUUUCCCGAUGGAAACACAGGUGCAGUAAUGAAGAGCUGCAGACCCUCCUUGGAUUGCAAAGCACCUUUGAACGUUCGGUUUUCUUAUUCCUUCAACACUGGUUUCUUCCAGUCUGGAUCUGAGCUCUGCUGUGACUCAGACAGAUGCAACCAGCAGUCUCAACCUGUCCCAAGUUCAGUGCCAGUGACUACAGCCCCCACUUCUGGUCAAGGGACUACCACAGACAUCUCUACUGGUCCGGUGUCUAACAUAGCCACCACUACUGAUCUGGUGACUACUACAGCCCCCACUACUGGUCUGGGGAGUACCAUAGACACCACUACUGUUCCAAUGACUACCACAGCCCCCACUACUGGUUUGGGGACGAACACAUCCUCCACUACUGGUCCUGUGACUACCACAGCCCCCAUUACUGGUCUGGUGACUACCAUAGACACCACUACUGUUCCAAUGACUACCACAGCCCCCACUACUGGUCCAGUGAGUGUAGUUCUCAUGCCAAUGUGGCUUACUAUGAUGGUCAAAUUUACCUACUAAAUAAACACACAGACAUGUUUUGU